CUUCAAGUUGUGCUGUUCUUAGAAACGUGCAUGGUUUCAUGCUAAGUAUUGAGCAUUUAGUUUGUUGUUUUUAGUGAAUUUCAAUUAUGUAACGAGUGUUAAUUUCCUCAGUUUGUGUAACUAAAUAAUGACUGAAAAAUUCAAGAUUAAAACCUGUUUAAAUAAUCCAAUAUGAUUGAAACAUGUCAGAGGUUAUCAGAGUUAACGAAACUCUUGAGAAUAAGUCCUUGGAGGCAUGGUCGAUAUAAACAAUUAAAAAUUUAUGGUAUAAAAGUUUGUGAUUGUUCAGAUAUCUAUACUCGUUGUCUUGUAUAUAAUAACAACAAUAAUAAUAAACAUUUAAAUACUUUUACAAAUGAUGCAUUGAAAAGAACGAAAGAUAUUUGUAUCAACUCAAGUGGAGUUGGAUGGCAUUCAAAAUGUCUUUCACCUCAGGAAGUAAUAAUUGUCAAGCAGAUAAGACACUUGAAUAUUGCUGCAAAAAUUGUCAACAAUUUUCCAUCACGUGUACAGCCAUAUAUGAAGCUUAUGAGAAUAGAUAGACCAAUAGGAUCUUGGUUAUUGUUUUGGCCAUGUAGCUGGAGUAUAGCUAUGGCAGCUACUCCAGGGGCAUUACCAGAUAUUCAUAUGUUGGCUCUUUUUGGACUAGGUGCAUUUGUGAUGAGAGGGGCUGGAUGUACAAUCAAUGAUAUGUGGGAUCAAGACAUUGACAAGAAGGUAGCGAGAACAAGAGAUAGGCCUUUAGUGGCUGGUCAAGUGACAAAUUUUCAAGCACUGAUGUUCCUUGGAGGACAAUUAAGUGUUGGACUUGCUAUUUUGCUUCAACUUAAUUGGUAUAGUGUUUUUCUUGGUGCUAGUUCACUAGGAUUAGUAAUUCUUUACCCAUUAAUGAAGCGAAUAACAUACUGGCCUCAAUUAGUUUUGGGAAUGACUUUUAAUUGGGGAGCUUUGCUUGGAUGGUCAGCAAUACAUGGUUCAUGUGAUUGGUCUAUUUGCUUGCCAUUAUAUACUGCUGGAAUAUGUUGGACUAUUUUAUAUGAUACCAUUUACGCACAUCAGGACAAAGUUGAUGACUUAAGAUUAGGGAUAAAGUCAACAGCAUUAAAAUUUGGUGAUAGAACUAAUUUAUAUUUAUCAGGAUUUGGAACUUCUAUGAUAACUAGUUUAAUAAUAGCUGGUGUACAAUCUGGUCAAACUUGGCCGUAUUAUACGGCUGUAACUCUCGUUGCUGGUCAUCUUGCUGAGCAAAUUAGUACAUUAAAGAUUAAUGAUCCAACUGAUUGCGCUGAAAAAUUUAUAUCUAAUAGUAUAGUAGGGUUUAUUUUAUUUACCGGUAUAGUAUUAGGAAAUUUGUUAAAGAGUUCAAACCAGAGUUCUCAGGAGGAGUGUGCCAUUGAAGGACAACCAAUAAUGCCGUUAUGAUAAUAAAUUAAAGUUGGAGUUGCUUUUCAUUAUUGAUAAGUAAACCAAAGAAUAUACCAUUACCGAUAAAUAAAUAA